CAAACUAAAGCUGCUAAAGCUGUCAUAUUGUGUUGAUUUAAGGUUAUUAAUAAUUAUUUUUCUUUCCCAAUUUUUUUUUUUAAGUGCAAAUAGUGCCUUUGACCGUCCAACAUAACAAAUAGUUAUGAACGUCGAAUUAGAAAUCCGAAAAUUACCCUUGGCAGUAAAAUUCAAAAUUGUGGAAUAUCUAGAAGAGGAAGAAUCGUGGAAAAAACUCAUGUCUAUUAUUCCGUGCUUCCUAACUAACGAUUACCAGUGCGACAUAUCGUUAAAUAACCCCCCAAAAUAUCAGUCACAGCAUUUCCAUAUUAUACAAAACGCGUCAAAUUUGACGAAACGGUUCUGUUCGGAGAUUUUGUUGAGGGAAUGGGCGACAUCGGGAAGAAUUCGGCCUGCGUUGGGCCACUUGAAAUACCUCUUGGAAAAGGCGCAACUUUUUCAUGCCGCUGAUUUCGUCACUGUUGAUCUUCUCAAACAACAGAAAACCAGGCCCACUAAAGGACCAGGAGCUCCAAUUGUCCUAAACUCAGAGGAAAUAGAAGACAGCGAAACAAAACGAAUUGAAAAAAUGUUGGACGCUAUUAAUUACCCAAGUUCAGCAAUCGAAAAUAUCUGUAAACAAAAUUCAGUUGACACAAAUCUCAACUAUACAACCAAAGAGGUACCAAAAAUGAUACCAAAAAUUGUUAUUAGCGAAUCUCCUGAAGUUGAAGAGGCAAAACCCACAUUUAACGUCCCAGUGGUUGUUCAGAACGAAAGAAAUAAGUCUGAGUCAGAUUUAAUUAAAUUUUCUAAAAGUUUAGUUGAAAGUGAUAAUAACGUGCCUAACAAGAUCCCAGAUUUGACUUCGCUUUUAGAAAGUUGUCCUUCAAACAGUGAACAUGGAAGCAGUUCAUCCAACAAUAUACCUCUAGUUGUUGAAGAUAUAAGUGAAGACAGCUCUAGCGACAAUAUUCACCCUAACAUAUCUUCACUUUUGGGUAAUUCAAGCGAGGUGAUUAUUCCAGCUCUGAGUGACUUGAGUCCAGAAAGUUCGAUGUCUUCUUCUUCGAAUUUUCCAGCUUUAAGCCACCUUUUGGGAGGUUCGGACUCUAUCGCAAACAAAACGCGUUCUUGUGCAUCGCCUUUACCUAAUUUGUCUUUAAAUACCCCUUUACCACACUUCACUUAUGCUCAGUUAGAAAACGCCACCUGUAAAUUCGAUCAAAUUCCUUUAAUUGAGGGUGGGAGGUUUCUAGGUUCUGGUAGUUUUGGCCAAGUUUAUUUGGCUAAAGAUUUGUUCAAUCAACCAGUGGCUGUCAAAAGACUGACUCUGGAGAAUGCUGAGGUUGUACAGAUUGAUGAUAGGGUAACUAAGCAGUUUAUAACAGAAGUGGAGAUCCUGAGCAAAUACAAGCAUGAGAAUUUAGUAUCUUUAUUGGGUUACUCGUGUGACGGUUUGACGUACUGUUUAGUCUAUGAGUAUGUGGUUGGAGGAGCCUUAAAAGAUCGCCUGGAGAAAAAAGAAUUAAUCUGGACGGAAAGGCUAUACAUUGCUUUAGGUACAGCGAGGGCUAUUGCAUAUUUACAUACGGCAUAUUCUACACCUUUAAUUCACAGGGACGUGAAAAGUGCAAAUAUUUUGUUGGAUGUUACCAACAAGCCAAAGUUGUGUGACUUUGGAUUGAUCAAACAUUCUUUAAAUCAGAGUACAAACACGGUCACCACGAUCAUAGGAACUUCUGCUUAUAUGGCUCCAGAAGCUUUCAGAGGUGACGUAUCGCCAAAGCUAGACACAUUUAGUUUUGGGGUUGUUUUACUCGAGCUUUUAACAUCUAAACCACCAAUGGAUGAUAAUAGAGAAGGAAAAGAUCUGGUAACACACGUGGAUGACACUUGCAGUGAUGACAUAACGCCCUUGUUAGAUGUGUCAGUCGGUUCUUGGUCUGCUAACGAAAUAAAUUUUGGGCAGAAAUUAUACGAAAUUGCCCAAAGUUGUUUGCAGGAAAAAAAGCAAAGACCUUUGAUGGCUUCAGUUUGUAGUAAUUUGGGCGAACUUAUUGAAAAAUCUGCAUGAAGCAAGGCAAGAAAUGAAUGCCAUUUUCAACGAGGAAGAGAAGAGAAUCAAAUAAACCUUUAACUUGAUCGUGAUGAACCUUAAUAUAUCUUUGUAUAUAGUUUUCCAGGCUUUUGCAAUGUAUAUACAGUAUUGUUUAU